AUGACAAACAGAAUAUUUACCACCUUGGCACUUUUGCCGUUUGUGGCAGGGCAAGGGCUACGAGCAAAUCAACGCGAAGCCCAGGCUUGUGACUGUGAUCCAUACAACUACAAAUAUGAUUUGGAGUGCUGCGGCCCAGCAUGUGCAUUCCCUGACAGUCGAUUUUAUGAUAUAGAUCUCUGCUCCUGUGACCCGUGCGAUGUCAAAGGAACCUGCUACGACAUGGAGCACUGCUGCGAUCCAUGUAUGAAGGAAUCGUCAUGCUUCAGCGAGGAAACGUGCUGCGACAAGUGUGAUCCAAGGUCAUACUGUUUUGACUUCUACGCAGAUUGCGACGUCCACUAUGGAGCACAGACAACCCAUAUUGAAGUGGACUCUAUGACUGUUUCCACCGCUGAAGCGGGCACAGGAAAUGUAACGAUUGUCGACACAGCAGGAGCGAAAAUUGAACCGGAAAUUGUCGCUGUUGAAGCAACGUCAUAUGGAGGUGGCGAAUAUUACGACGUCGACGAACGUCCACUUUAUUCUAUUACAGUUGAUGCUUUCUCUCCAGCUAGGCUGGGAGGAAGAGCAGAGGGAAUCGGAGAAAUUUAUCCAUUUGGAGGCAGAGUGACGAGCGCUUCUGAUACGACCGACCAUUACGUUAAUACGAAUGCUGAUGGUUCAAUUUAUUCCCUCUACAUCACUCAUGAGGGAUACUGCACGAGAACAAGUACGAUUGGGUCAGUGCGAGGGGUUUGCCAUUGGCAAUAUACCAUCGAUGAAGUGGGUACAUUCGUUGCCUCUGGAGGAUUGGGAGAUCCCUCUGAAGCGAGCACCCUUGCCAUUGAGGGUGGUACUGGUAUGUUGAUUGGUGCCACAGGAUCUGUCACGGUUUACGGCGCUACGGUUAAUAGUGCGUCGUUUCCCAACGUUGCCCAAAGCGGAACAGAUCCUUUUGCAGGAGUAGAUGGCUACUUGCACGCCAUCAGAAUGUAUGCCGAUGAUGCCUUCUCAAACGGCUCGACGAACGGUGUUUUCGAAACUAUGGCGCCAACUACACCCACAGCGUCGCAAUCCAAUUCGCCAUCAGCGGCACCGUAA